CAUCUUUAUAUAUAUACUCCAGCUUUGGUAUACCACGCCCAUAUGUAAUAGUAAAGUGGUACAUUACCAUGUGCUUCGUCUGACUAAUUAAACCAACCUAACCUACCGUAUCACGUACCACUUCUUUAAUUUGAGGUGUUUACUCAAGGGAGGUAUAUAUGAGCCUACGAUGACAGCUGUGGGCUUCUGAUUAGCUGAGGGAACACCAUUACCACAACGAUACGGUGUGGAGCCAUCGGCCUCGGUGGUCCAAUGGAUAGCGUGCCGGGCUGAUAAGCUGAAGGUCCCAGCAAGCAAUGGAAACACCCAAGUGGAACUUUGAAAGUACAUCAGAUGUUUAUGAACCGGCCGAAGACAGUUUCCUGCUGCUGGAUGCCCUGGAGGAAGACCUUCAUAACAUUCGCGAACUCUGUCCUAAAGUCAUUGUGGAGAUCGGAAGUGGUUCUGGUGUUAUAAUCACUGCUUUAGCCAACGUUUUGAGAACCUCUGCCUUCUGCCUCGCCAUCGAUAUAAACAACAGCGCCUGUGCGGUUACAAAGGAAACAUCAACAUUGAAUUCUGUUGAGGUAGACGUGGUGCAAGGAGAUCUGUUAAGCUGUGUCAAGGCGUGUGGUGUGAUUGAUGUGUUGAUAUUCAACCCUCCGUACGUUGUCACACCCGAUGACGAGAUAGCAGGUUCUAUCCAGAGAUCUUGGGCAGGUGGAGCUAACGGGAGACUGGUCAUUGACAGAUUGAUUGAACAGAUGAAUCCACACCUUUCUCCAAAAUCGUUUUUUUACCUUGUACUUAUAAAAGAAAAUAAUCCUGAAGAAGUUCUUGUUAAUAUGAUGGAAAAAGGGUUCACUGGAAAACAGCUGAAGUUCCGAAAAGUUAGGGGUGAGCAACUGUCAGUCUUUAGAUUCACAAAGAUAUAAAAUGUGUAAGUGUGAUUUCAAAUUGUAUAUUACUACAGUCUAACCUUGAUAUAACGAACCUUGAUAUAACGAAUUCCUUGAUAUAACGAAUUUUUUUUAAUCCCCUAGAACUCUCCAUAAGACACAAUGUAUAUUUUACCUCUACAUAACGAACAAACCAUAACAACCACCUUGAUUUAACGAAUUUUUCGUGAUUUCGGCUAAAAUAAGACACCUCAAUAUAACGAAUUUAUCAUUGUCAGAACCUCUACAUAGCGAAUUUAACCUCUGCAUAACGAAUUGUCUAUGUCUUUCCCUCGAUAUAACAAAUCCCCCACCCAAUUAUUGUUUUGGGAAAAACUGUGUCUUUAUCAAAUGAAAUGGAAAGGUCACGUCAUCGCUUGCGCUAACAUUCGUCUGCUCCGUUUUACACAUCUCUGUCUGCUGUCGCUGCGCGCGCUAUGUUGCAACUGAGAACUGAUUUCAUUCACUGAUGACGACGUAAUGUUUAGUAAGCUGUGAUUGGGCGAUAUGGGAUAACUAUGGGGAAUUGUACAAUUUUUGGAUAAAGAGAAACCUAAGAAAGAAUAUAAACACAAAAGCAAAGAGAAAGAAUAGCUACAUCGUUAUUUUAACAUUUCUUUUACGAGUUUUUUUAUUAUCCUAAAGUUGGCUAUGAUUAUACACUUUUAUAAUGACUUAUCUAAUAAUUUAUUGUUUUCAAUACGAUUUGUUUCAACUAGCAACACCAAUGCUGAUUAUUAUUGACAUUCCUCUGUUGUAAUAAAUCAGUACCGUACUGUAAGUAGCCUACCGGCCUAUCGCGAGCAGUAGCUUACAAAGCUUUCUACUGUUUGUUUUGUUCUUUACAUGGUUUAUGACUACACAAUACAGUGUUUGGCUAGGUUUUAGGAGGAUUAGAACAAGCUGUGAUUUUAAACUUACAAUUUUUUACCUGUACCAAGGUCAAUGCCAUUGUCAUGAUUGUGCAAUAUUCAAGAUCCCUCCCCUUUAUUAUGCCGGAUAAUUUAGGUUCUACUGUACAAUGUAAACACUGUACUGUAAAGUAGUGUAGCCUAUGCUACUUUAAUUGUACUGUAUUUUAAUGAGGUCAAAUCCCGACCUAUAUUGACCAUCGAUGUUGACCGACGCUAAUUCUGAACCUCGACUUAGCGGAAAUUCCUGCAAACCUAACCUCUAUAUAACGAACCUCGUUUUAACGAAAUCCUUGAUAUAACGAAUAUUCAGUUCGGUCCCUUCAGAUUCGUUAUACUGAGGUUGGACUGUAUUUUUUUGUUGGCUUUUUUCGGCUAGCCACAAGUAACUUCUUACGAAAAUGGACUCAAAACCAUGUGAUGUUAAAUUUUUAAUGGUAUAAGUAAACCAAAGAAGUGAGAUUUGGAUAUCUAAAUAUUAGUGCAAUCCUUUUGCUUUGGACUUGCACUAC